AUGGCGGAUACUGCCGAACCAACAAUUCAAAAACAACGCAAGUCCGUCGCAUUCAGUGAGGGAACCAUCAUUAUGGACACGAACGGCGAGGUCACACAAAAGCUCGAGAAGCCUGUUGAGGAGCAAGCAGACAAGGCCGUUGACGAAGUCACCGAUCUAUUCAAGGGUCUGUCAAAAAAGAAGAAGACCAAGAAGCCCAAGGACGAUGCCGCCGACGACGAAGCCCCCGCCGCCGCGGACGGCGAAUUCGACCCCACAGCCCUGAAAAAGAAGAAGAAGAAGCCCAAGAAGGUCGACGCCGGCGACUUCGAGGCUAAGCUCGCCGAGGCCGGUAUCGCAGAGAAGGAAACCGAGGAGAAGGAGACAGAAGUCCCCGAGGGCGACCUUGAGGCCGGCACGGGUAUCUGGGCCCACGACGCAACCCAGGCGAUCCCAUACUCGCUACUCGUUUCGCGAUUCUUCUCCCUCAUCCAGAGUCACCACCCCGAUCUCUUGUCCAGCGGAACUAAGAGCUACAAGAUCCCCCCGCCGCAGUGUCUGCGUGAGGGUAACCGACGUACUAUUUUCGCCAACAUUGCCGAUAUCUGCAAGCGCAUGAAGCGAUCCGACGACCACGUUAUGCAGUUCUUGUUCGCUGAAUUGGGUACCAGUGGCAGUGUUGACGGAAGCAGACGUCUGGUUAUCAAGGGUCGUUUCCAGCAGAAGCAGAUUGAGAACGUUCUUAGACGGUAUAUCGUCGAAUAUGUUACCUGCAAAACCUGCCGCAGUCCCGACACAGAACUCAACAAGGGAGAGAACCGUCUGUACUUCGUCACCUGCAACUCGUGCGGUUCCCGCCGUUCCGUCGCCGCCAUCAAGACCGGUUUCCGUGGCCAAGUCGGCCGCAGAAAGAGACAGGGUUAG